GCUAGCGAACCUUAGGAGUGUGAGUUCAGUAGUAGUAAAAUUAACAAACAAGAAAUUAAAGAGGAAAGAUCGAAUAGUGGAAAACGGGACAAGACGGGUGUGCCACUGUGGAUGUUGGGGUUGGGUGUGGACCGGCUUCAAGCCGACAUCAACCGGCUCCUAGCCUCCCUUUUCCACCAGGGAGUGCUGGACGAGCAUUUCUUGCAACUUCAGCAGCUUCAAGAUGAGACUUCACCUACCUUUGUUUAUGAUGUCAUUAAUAUCUACUUUGAUGAAUCCGAGAAGCUACUCCGCAACCUCAGAUUUUUGCUGAUGGAUAGAGAAUUCUCGGACUACAAGAAAAUAGGAUUGCACCUGAACCAGCUGGUGGGAAGCAGUUCCAGCAUUGGCGCUCGCAGGGUUCGUAACGUCUGCGUUGCCUUUCGCUCCGCUGCCGAGCUUAGCAACCGCCCAGGGUGCUUGAGAGGGCUGGAGGUAGUAGAGCAUGAGUACCAUUACCUCAAGAACAUGAUGCAUGAACUCUUCCAGCUGGAGCAGCAGAGGCUAUUAGCUGCAGGAGUCAGAUAUCCAAUGUAGAAUUUACAACUUAAUAUGCCGGAUAAGUAGAAAGCUAAAUAAGUGCGUGAUGAUGAUGAUGAUAUAAUUGUGUGUUGUAACACUUUCUUGUAAGGGCUUUGUUACCUUCUUCAUAAUAUAUAGCCACUUUGUAUUUCCCAA